AUGGAUAACGGUUGCGAAGUUUUCGCAAAGCUCCCAAAUCCCAAUACCAGGCCUGCUCGUCUCACAAUUGCUUCCGAGAUCGCCACACGCAAGUUGCUUUCUGACGUGCUGAACGUCCCUGUUCCUCGAGUUCUAGCAUGGUCCUUUGACUCGGCAAGUAGUCCUAUCCGGGCUGAGUAUAUCCUUGAAGAAAAAGCGCCCGGUGUUCGCUUCGGCUCUGUUUGGAAUCAAUGGCCUCGAAAGUCAAAGCUCCAAUUGAUCACUCAAGUGGUUGAUAUUCAAAAUACUUCAACGGGAGUGACAUUCGAUAUGCACGGCUGUAUUUACUUGAAGGAUGAUCUUCGCGCCCUAGGCGAGGAACCCGAAGAAGCCAACAUUCAGUCUGCUCCGGCCAGCAUCCCUGAUAUAUUUGCCACAGGCCCUCUAAAUACCGGCGAAUUGUAG